UCAAAUCCUAACCUCAAAUAUUGGUUCAAGUUCGUUGAUAUCAAAUGUGUUGAUAUUUGAAAAUGAAUUGAUUUUCUUGAAUCGAAUAAAAGUCGGGUAAAAAUUCAGUAAAAAUGCGUGGCUUAUCGUCUUUACUUAAGUCGAACAACAUUUAUGGAAAAUGGAAUCAACUAACAACCAAAGCGUCUUAUUGUACUAAACCAGAAACAAAACAAUGGCCACGGAAAAUUGUGUCUGGCAUUCAGCCGACGGGAAUUUUGCACAUCGGUAACUAUUUCGGUGCCGUGCAACGUUGGGUGAAAAUGCAGGAAAGUGGUGAAAAUGUCACAUUUUUCAUAGCAGAUUUACAUUCCAUGACAAUGCCAUAUGAACCAGCCAAACUACGAGAAAAUAUUUAUGAGUUAAUCGCAACAUUGUUGGCGUGUGGCAUCGACUCAAAGAAGUCACCGAUUUUCCUCCAAUCGACUGUGCCUCAACAUGCUGAACUCUGUUGGAUAUUAAGUUGUUUGUGUACCAUGCCACGUUUAUCCCAAUUGCCGCAGUUCAAAGAGAAAUCGGCCCAAGUUCGUGACGUUUGGGCUGGUUUAUUUAUGUAUCCCGUUCUACAAGCAGCUGAUGUACUGAUUCACAAAGCGACACAUGUUCCAUGCGGAGAAGAUCAAUUACAGCAAUUGCAGUUGGCAUCUCAUUUAGCCAAACUAUUCAAUAAUAGAUUCGGUGAGACAUUCCCAGUGAUCAAACCGAUCAUUGGUCAAGAUGCAAGCGGACGCAUUCGAUCAUUGCGUGAUCCAACGAAAAAACAAUCAAAAUCCGAUCCAAAUGAUAAAAGUCGCAUUACAUUACGCGAUUCACCCGACGCAAUUCGGAAGAAAAUCAAACGAGCCAUCACCGAUUUCACAUCUGAAGUUACAUAUGAUCCAACAAAGCGGCCCGGUGUCGCGAAUUUAGUUGGCAUUCAUGCUCUAGUCAAAAAUGUUAGCCCACAAGAAAUUUGCAAUGAGGCCAAAGGACUCGAUACGGGAAAAUAUAAAUUGGUGCUAGCCGAUGAUUUGGUGAAUCUGCUCGAUCCAAUUCGAUUGAAAAUCGAAGACUAUCUCAAAAAUCGUGAUUAUCUGGAGGCAGUUUUGAAAGAUGGACGCGAUGUAGCCUCUCAAACCGCCGAAACAACAUUGAAAGAAGUGAAACAUCGAGUUGGAGUGAAUAUUCUGUAAAUGUAUAUUUUAGUUAGAGUAAAAAAACACACAUUUUUAUCAAAGUAA